AUGAAGGGUCUGUUGAUAGUGUUGUAUAUAAUAGCAAUAUUGUCAGCCACAGGCCAGGCAUACCCGAUAUUUUCUCGAAGAGAAAACCAUGGCCAGGGAAAUAGCAAUAAUCGAAAAGCUGACCAAAAUCAGUUUCCAGUGGAUGAAAGCAAAAAUGACGGAGCUUCUCGUUCAAAAGAUUCGAUUCUCAAGCUUAUGAAAAGACUUCUGCUUGAUGGUGUUCUAUCUGCUGGGAAUGUCAUUAGUACUGGGUUAAUGAUUGCGGUUUCUGGACUUCAGUUGAAACAGAUGUUAGAUAGCUCACUGUCCUCCUCAACGACUGCUGUGGCUUCGUAUGCUCCUACUGCUACUGCUGUCACCGUGGAACCACAAGCUGCCUCACAGACGGUAGCAGCAGUUUAUGUCACACAAACAGUAUAUCCUACGGUGAAAUAUGCUACUGUUGUUGCUCCUAAUCAAGGUCAGAUGCAAUCAAGCAUCCAGACUGUUGCUACUUCUAUUGUAUAA